AUUCUUCCAACAGAUAAAAAUGGAAAUUAUAGAUACCCACAACUCGCAUCUGAUGGUCAACCGCUUCCAACAGAUAUUCAUGGCAAACCUGUUUACCCAGUGGUCGAUGCCGAUGGUGAACUGCUUCCAACUGAUGAAGCUGGUGCAGCAAUUGGAUUAGAUGGAAUGCCCAUUCCUACCGAUAAUUCCGGAAGACCUAUAGGAGAGGAUGGAUCUAUCUUACCUAUGGAUCCAUAUGGUCGCAUCUCUUUGCAAGUUAUAAGUACACCUAAGAUUUUACCAACCGAUGACAGAGGUCAUAUCGUCACUCCAGUAGCAGAUCUGCAUGGGCAUAUAUUUCCUACAGACUCUAAUGGUUUAUUUAUAGAUCCUCAAGGCAAAGUUGUGCCAACAAACCAAGAUGGCCAACCAACUGGACCUGACGGUCAGGUUCUUCCUACGAAUGAAUUAGGGUAUUUUGUCUAUCCAGCUCUCAUUAGUGAUGAUCAACUUCUGCCAACUAAUUUAUAUGGAAAACCAGUGUACUCAAUAAAGGAUUCAGAGGGAAAAUUUCUCCCAACUGAUUCAACUGGAGCAGUGAUUACACGUGACGGAAGGCCGAUACCAACAGACAUUGCGGGUUAUCCAAUUAGUUCCGAUGGUUUUCCUCUUCCAAGUGAUUCUUCGGGUAAUUUUAUAAUAAAUGAAGAAGAGAUGGAGAAAAUAUUAAGCAAGGAAAAAAUCCGAACAACGACCCCAUUCACAAUUAUCGGACCGGAUGGUUCGCCAUUUCUCACAGAUAGCUAUAGCCAAAUCACUGAUGCAGCAGGUCCGCCAGUCGGAUCAGAUGGCAGAAUACUUUCGUCUGAUGAACCUGGUAAUUAUAUUUACCCAGGUGGAUACAAGCAUAUUUAUCAAGUUAUAGGUCCAGAUGACCAAUUAUUACCAACCGAUUCAACUGGAGCAAUUCUUGGGCCAAAUGGAUUUCCUUUACCAACAGAUUCAUUUGGACGACCAACUGGCAAUGAUGGUUCUCCAUUACCGAUGGACUCACUUGGACGCUUUAUUAUUAUGAAAAAAGAAGAGAAACCAAAAAAUUUGCCCACGGAUGAAAGUGGACAUACCAUGGUUCCAAUAUUCGGUUUAAAUGGAGAGCUAUUACCAACUGAUUCCGAAGGGUUUUUUGUUGGCCUCAAUGGUAUGCCUGUUCCUACCAAUGAAUUAGGGUUGCCGAUCGGACCUGGUGGCGAUAUUCUUCCACUGGAUGAGAAUGGGAAUUAUAAAUAUCCGCCAUUUUGGUCUGAUGUUCAUCCACUUCCUACUGACAGUCGUGGGAAAUCCAUUUAUCCAAUAUUAGGUCCCGACGGUCAGAUGCUUCCAACCGACAAAACUGGAGCAGUUACUGGGCUUGACGGAUUGCCUAUUCCAACUGAUUUAUUUGGGAAACCCAUUGGAGAGGAUGGAUCUCCCCUGCCUAUAGAUCCUUUUGGUCGAUCCAUAUAUACGCAUUCGAAAAUCAGAGUUCUGCCAACAGAUGACGGUAAUCGCUUCAGAACAUCGUUAGGAGGUCCAGAUGGACAUAUUCUUACAACUAAUUCUAAAGGCUUGUUCAUUGACCUUCAAGGGAAAGUCGUACCAACAAAUCAAGGUGGCUUACCAAUAGGACCUGAUGGUCGAGUUCUUCCUACAAAUGGAUUGGGGCAACAUUUUUACCCAAUUUUAAUUCGUGAUGGACAACCUCUGCCAACUGAUUUAUAUGGCAAGCCAGUAAAAAAUAUAGGAGAAUUUUUCCCAACAGAUUCAACCGGAGCAAGAAUUAUGCCUGAUGGAAGGGCAAUUCCAACAGAAAAAUCUGGCCACCCAAUUGGUUCCAAUGGUUUUCCGCUCCCAACUGAUUCUCUCGGCAAUUUUAUAAUAACGGAUGAAAAAAUGAAGAAAAUACCUAAAAAACAAAAAGGGCACACACCACCGUUCGCAGUAAUUGGACCAUAUAGUUGGCAACUUCCAACGAAUGAUGCAGGUGAAGUUGUUGAUUUAAGAGGAGAACCUAUUGCUACAAAUGCUGCUGGCCGCCCAAUCGGACCAGAUGGCAAAAUUCUUUCAACCAACGAUUCUGGUAUAUUUAUUCAUGCAUCUGCCGAUCUAAAUGGUCAGACCAUGACAACUGAUGUUCACGGCAAGUUGGUUUAUCCAGUUAUAGGUCCUGACGACCAUUUGCUGCCCACUGAUUCUUUAUCUGGAGUAGUCAUAGGGCCAGAUGGUUUGCCACUGCCAACAGAUUCAGUUGGGCGGCCAGUUGGCUAUGAUGGUUCUCCAUUGCCUCAAGAUUCACAUGGACGCUUUGUAUUUAUGAAGAAAAAAGAACAGCCGAGAAUUUUGCCAACAGAUGAAACUGGGCAUAUUAUUAUCCCAUUAUUUGGACCUGAUGGACAACUAUUGCCAACAAAUAUGCAAGGCCACUUCCUCAAUCCUAAUGGGCGACCUGUGCCAACAAAUGAAUUAGGAAUACCUAUUGGGCCUGAUGGCAAUAUUCUUCCUACUGAUGAAAGUGGGAACUACAGAUAUUUACAGCUUGAAUCUGAUGGUCAACCGCUUCCUACAGAUAUUCAUGGCAAACCUGUUUAUCCAGUUGUCAUCAUCGAUGGUCAAUUACUUCCAACUGAUGAAGUUGGUGCAGUUAUUGGAUUAGAUGGAAUGCCCAUUCCAACCGAUAAUUCCGGAAGACCUGUAGGAGAGGAUGGGUCUGUCUUGCCUGUGGAUCCAUACGGUCGUUUUUCUUUAAUUCAAGUUAAAAGUACAUCAGAAGUUUUACCAACCGAUGGCAGAGCUCACAUCCUUUUUCCAGUAGUUGAUCGCCAUGGAGAUAUAAUUCCUACAGACUCUAGUGGUUUGUUUAUUGAUGCUCAAGGUAAAUUUGUACCAACAAAUCAAGAUGGUCUACCAGUUGGACCUGACGGUCAAGUUCUUUCUACAAAUGAAUUAGGAUAUUUUGUCCACCCAGUUUCUACUCGUUACGGAGAACCUAUGCCAACUGAUUCAAAUGGGAAGCCAGUGUAUCCAAUAAGAGAUUCAGAAGGAGAAUUUCUCCCAACUAAUUCAGCUGGAGCAGUGAUUACGCGUGAUGGAAGGCCGAUACCAACAGAUAUUGCGGGUCAUCCAAUUAGUUCCAAUGGUUUUCCUUUUCCAAGUGAUUCUUCGGGUUAUUUUGUGAUAACUGAGGAAGAGCUGAAGAAGAUACCU